CUGCAAUGGGACCAAACCAAAGGCAAAUACAGCGCUGCUCAUGGUACUAGUAGCCCAACAGCCAGCGUAAUCACCGAUGUUGCGGAUGGCACGAUUUCAGCCUCCAGUAAGGAUGCGGUUAACGGUUCCCAACUGAAAGCUACCAAUGACGAUGUCGAAGCCAACACCGCCAAUAUCGCUACUAAUACCAGCAACAUUGCCACGAAUACAGCAAGUAUUGCCACCAAUACCACCAAUAUCACCAACCUGACGGAUUCCGUUGGUGACCUUCAGGCUGAUGCCCUGCUCUGGAACGAAACUAAAAAGGCAUUCAGUGCAGCUCACGGCCAGGAUACCACCAGCAAAAUCACCAACGUUAAAGAUGCCGACCUGACGGCUGACAGCACUGAUGCUGUUAACGGCUCUCAGCUGAAAACCACCA